AGAGGGAGAGAGAGAGAACCGGCGUUCUAGUUUCGCUCUUGACUUUUGGCGGUGCGCGCUGUCGUCACUAGGCAGUCCAAUGAUGCAGUACCCUUUGUUGCCUGCCCACCAGUUCAGUACAUCAUUUUCUCAAGCGGAGGCACCAAGCUGUCGGAGAUAUGCAUCAUGGCUGGAUACCUCCAGUAGCAUCAUGAGUCACGCUGGAUACCUGCAGUAUUGCAUCAUGAGUCACGCAAUUCUCUCUGUAGUCGAUUGCAGCAACACAACAAGACGUCUCUGUCUGUGUGAUGCAUAUAUAUGUAUGUGCAAAUACAUGCGUUCUACGCGUGUAGCCUAGGGAUAAUAGGUUGAGAGUUUUGUCCUAGAUAACCUGCUUGUAGAAGUCGAGCACGGAGACUCUGAAUACGUCAGAGAGAUUGUGGGAAUAUUUACGGUGAAACUUUCUUGGGUUGUCCGAAAAGACCCCGAGAGACCAGUACAGCGAGUAGAUCUCGGGAGAACCCUGUUGAGGACGGUUGUGUGAUUUUGUUUUUUGUUUUCGAGAUGAGACACAAGCGUGCUCUCGCUCCCGUUGUGCUCACUCCACUUAAGCACCAUCAAAACCUGACGCGGGAGUCAGUCAGUAAUCAAACAUCAUUCUUUGCUUCUUCGUUCCGAGGCACACAUCAAGUUACAUCCGCACUCGAAGUGAAACCGUAGGCUGCUGUACAACCACAGCCUACGAAGCGACCGCGGCACACAGCACACACCCGCUGCUGCUGCUGCUGCUGCUGAGACGCUUAUCGCCGAGACAAGCAUGUUGUUGGAUGGGUCUUUGUCGACAAACGGCAAGGAAAAGAGCCUAGACCGCGGUUCGCGAAACUGCUUGUAAGGAAACAUCUUGCCCACGGGUGCGUUUUCCCUACCGCACGAAACGUUCUACGGACCAUUCCUAAAUCUUUGUGGUGGCGAAAUUUGAACAUGACGGAGGGAGCUCCUCCCUUUCCAUACAAAACGAUUCACCACCACAGAGUCUGUUUGUAGACCAGGCUCUGGAGUUAAUUGUUCAAGAUACUCUGGCGUUUGACUGCGCACGCCCUCUCAGGCUCGCACACCGAUAAUCUUUACUUGUCGGUGCCGGCGUCACGUCUCCGAACAACGAACUUUUGUACGCCCGGAGUGAUCGAGCUGCUGCUGUUGUAUCGAAGGGCGCCUCUCUCUCUGAAUUUUCAGCAAGAGGAGAGGCGAUGCCGCGGAGGGGGAGGAAAAAGUUGCCCGGUUGCUCAAGGCCGUGCUUCAUAGAACCAAAUGGACGUGUCCAUGAUUACUGCGGUGUUACGCACGGCCGGGAGGCUCAGGCAUCAUCAUCACCGGCCCCAGCCGCGACCCGGUUCGACGGGACGAGGGAGUACGUUUCCCCAGACUUGCUGUUUUUUUGGCAGCCGCCUUCCGUGUUCUCGCAGUGGACGCCCUCGGUUUUCGUCGUCGACAACGUGCAGUACAGCUGCGCGGAACAGUACAUGAUGGCAGAAAAGGCCAAGCUUUUCGGCGACAAUAGUAGCUGGCAGAAGAUCAUGGCGACGCCCAGCCCCAGGGAGCACAAGGACCUGGGCCGCGGCGUAAGCGGGUAUGAUCAGAACGUGUGGGACCAGCACAAAAUGCGCAUUGUGGCGCGGGGGAACUACGCCAAGUUCACCCAAAACGAAAUGAUGGGGCAACGCCUGCUUGACACCGGGGAAAAGCUCUUGGCUGAAGCGAGCCCCUACGACCGCGUGUGGGGGAUAGGGCUUCGUGCCGACAACCCUGCGGCGAGAACACCGUCCUCAUGGCGGGGACAAAACCUGCUCGGUGAUAUCCUACAGGAAGUGAGGACGCGGAUGAUAGCGGAAGCAGUCGGUGACAAACCUCCCUCUCCCCCACCUCCCUGACUGCCAAGUAGGAAUAAGCGAUAGAGGCAGGCUGCUGCAGCGGGGCCGGCUCUGCCAAAGGCACCAAGCCCCCCACGAGAUGUAGCCGGGGGGCUAAGAUUGCGCCUUGUUUGUGUGUGUGUUUCUUUUUCCGGUGGAUCCAGAUACAAAAGAUCUUCACUCAUUGCCACACUUUUUUUCCUCAAGUAGUGCUAUUGCUGUGUAUGUAAGCGUGUUGGGUAGGUGUCUCGGUUCAUUUUCUGCAGAUCAGUUUAGCAGUGCUCCCUUGGCAUGCCAAGAGUGCCUAAAAGCAACACACACACACAAAGAAAAAGGCUACGUCUGCCCAACUCACAGCGUCAGCGACGGGUGAGUGCAAUGGCAAAGUUCUUCCAUGCGGGUAAGCGCGUCAUUUCUAAGCAGUUGAGUAGGUUGACCGUUCAAGAGAAUGUUUUUUGGGGCUUUUCCCCUUGUGGAAACGUUGCUGAGAGCUUGCGCUCAACAUUUAGGGUGAUCGGCUAACGAUGCCACGAACUUCACCGAGUGGCGCUUUGGGUUUCCUCGAAACGGCACACGAAGCGAGAGCUUGCCAACGGUGAAGGACUAUCAGAGUUCAAAGCGGGUACGGAAUGUGCCAAGUACGAGAGUGUAGAGCGGCAGAGCUAUCGGAAUGUUGAGGAGUGCUCAGCUGAUCUUGGAGUAGGUAGGGGACGAAGGUGGGACUUUGGGAGAGUUGGAGAUUCCCACUGGGUAGGACCGACAAAUCAUGGGAAACCUUCGUGGGAUUUUCCACGGGAAGGCGUAGUUUUCUCGAGAUUUUCUAGUGCUCUUGGUUCUCUACACAAAGGGCGGAGAAAAGGGCGGUCUUAUAAGCACCUUCGCACGAGAAUCCCGUCCCCUCCAACGUCUGUCUAUAGUUUUUCGUGUUGCUGACGUGGUGUAGGAAAUGAUAUUGCAGAUAGAUGUUGGUUGCAAACAAAAUGUUGUUCCCUCGGACAUCCCGCGCGCUUCCCUCCGCCCUGCCUUGUUUUAUCCUGGCGCUCUUCGAGAGGGGGAUAGUUGGGCGUGUACCACAUGUAAAUGCGCCUGGGGACUAUACGUGGUGUCGAUAAACCAACCCCGGUUGCCCGGAGGGACAGUCGAUUAUUUUGGGUGUUAAUUUCGACCGGCUCGGCAACAAUGAACGUAGUCUUGCGUGUUUGAUUUUCGAAGUGUGAUGUGCGCGUAAAACUGAUGCGGGUUUCUUUGUGAUCGCCGUUCAUUUAAACGCGGCUGGUUGUGCCAUGUGAGUGGGCGUGGGUGACUGUACGCUUGGUAGUAAAAGGCGUGCCGAGAGGUGGUAGCUCGCUGGCAAUCUGUUGCUCUUCGUACGAGGAUGGGUCGGGGGAAGGGAAAACCUUCUUGUGUGGGUACGAUAAGCCUGUGCCCUUGUUGUGGGUGUAAGAUAAGUCUUUGUGUAGGGCGGGUAGCUCUCCGUCAUGGUUUCGGCACGCAUGGCCUAGGAGAUAGUUGUCGGCGACAAGAAAAGGGGACAGGAUGAAAAAAUUGGCAUGUGUAAUUUGUCAUCGUGGUGCACGUGCACCUCAUGGUGUCUCCUGAUUUAAAACCGCGCGAUUUUGAUUGAAACAUUUCCCAAUG